AUGUCUGUCAACCAAGGGAAUGUCUUCAGUGCUCUGGCGCUGUCAGGCUACAUGAUCGAAAGUCUUCCCAGCAGCCCCACACCACAAUUAAAAACUCCCUGCGAUGCUAUUGCACUUCUUACUCACGCCUCCAUGAUGGCAGUCGGUUUCAGAUUGAUUGGUCUAGGAGAAGAUCACAAGAUUCCUGCAGCUUCAGAUACGACUAGUACACAGUCUCUACCUCAGGAAUGGAAUUCAUCGCCUUCGAACUACGCUUUCCGCUACAGCCAUAGUCAAUCUUCCCUCGAAUAUCUUAUCCGAAUCAGUCGCCUUGGGUCGAAAGCAGUCAUCAAUGGCCUUGGGAUCGGUGAUGAGAAGGUGCACACCUUGGAUAUACCAAUAAAAGACUUCGUCUCGGAAUCUUCAUUUCCUUACACUGUAGCCUCCGAAGGCGGCGAGAACGAAAACGCACAAUCGUUACGACAACUUUUCAUUUCUGCAGGACGCAUGACAGACGCAGGAUCUCUUCUCAAGUUGCAGAUCAUCCAGAAGCUGGCACCUGGGUUGCAGAAGGAGGGAUACGAAGACUCAGCCCAUGCCGCAAGCACACAGGCUCGAGAACCAGGAGAUCCCAGAAUUCCUGGGCCUGACAAUCCACGAGGUGAUCCACCGGCUUACGAUCCUCUUCGGGAUGACCGCCUCCCUGCUCCCGCUCGACCACAGCCCUUCAACGACCCUCUUGCGGCCGAGCCUCGGCGGCCAUUCCCUGCCGGCGACUUCCCUCCACCCGGCUUUGAUGAUGAGUACGAUAUGACUAGGCCGCCAGGAAGAGGCGGUAUCGGUGGAGAGCGACGGCCUUUGAAUAUUGGAGAAAGAGAUUUGUACCCGCAAGGUCUAGGGCCUCAUGACCCAUUUCGAGGUGGGGGUGGCAUGCAUCCGACAUUUGAUGAUCCGCUCUUUGUAGGCGGAAGGGGUGGAGGUGGCCUGGAUCCAAGGGCGCCCCCAGGAGCAAGGUACGAUCCGGUUCAUCCUGGCGAUGAACCACCAAAUCUUGGUGGAGGACGCUUUCAGGGUGGCGGUGGAGGAUCUCAAGGUGGUCCUCCGAAUCCUUUCAGUGGUUUCGGCAGUGGUGACUUUAUCUAA